AAAGACUGCGUUGCGUGUCUUUUGGUAAAAUGGCUUAUUUGAAAUUCAAUAACCUGUUCCGAGUGAUAACCAGAUGCUGCGGUACGAACUCGACAGUGAACAAAACUAUGGACAACAAAUUAAUCUUGUAUGGGGACGAAGUAUCCCCUCCCGUUCGGUUCGCCCUCAUGGUUGCAUCCGUGUUGGAGAUUAAGUUAGAUUACCAACACAUAGACCUUUUUAAGACAGAGAAUAAAACUGAAUUUUAUACAAAGAUAAAUGAACUACAAAAAGUACCCGCGUUGAAAAUUGGCGAUGACGUCAUUUGUGACAGCCAUGCCAUUGCAUUAUACCUGUGCUACACCGGAGAUGGACAGCGACUGUACCCGAACAAUCCCAUUACAAGAGCAAAAGUCGACCAGACUAUGUUCUUCAACUCUGGCACUUUGUUUCCGAUUGACAGCCAAAUAUUUACGGAAUACUUUCGAGGCAAAUGGCCUGCAGAUGAUGUGAAAAUUAUGGAGUGGCACUCUGCAGUGGAUCAUUUAGAGCAUCUUUUGGCUAGUCAGAUGUGGUUGGCUUGUGAUAAGGUUACACUUGCUGAUUUGUGCUGCGCAACUACAGUAAGCUCGCUACAACUAUUGGUACCCCCGUUGGAGCGCCAUAUUAAAGUUAAGCAAUGGUUAGACAGGUUGAAAAAGCUCCCUUGCUAUGAAACAAAUUUACGUGGAUUAGAGCGACUGAAAAGUUGUAUUCGUAGUUUAGAAUAAAUAAUAAGAUAA